AUGAGGAUCUACUACAUCUUGAAUGAAGGCAGCAAGGCAACUAAAGACAUCUUCUACUUCUCUGCUGAAGACAAUGGCAUUGUAACGAAAGAUGAAACUGCAAAAAAAGAUAAAGAUUUUAAAGGAAAGGCCCAGAAAGAAGUCCAGUUCAGUCCCAGACAGACUACAGCCACGUGGAAAGUGAGAAUUCUAUCAGACAAUGAAUACGAGGCUUCAGAGACCUUCCAGAUCAUUCUGACAAACCCUGUCAGGGCUGUACUGGAGUUUCCUGAAAUGGCAAUUGUUGAAAUUGUGGACCCUGAAGACGAGCCCGUGGAACCUGUCAAGUCUGCUGAUUGUGAGAAACACCCAGGCUCCCGCGGGGCCAGAGGAGAUGAGAGUCCUGGGAGGCUGCAGCAUUCUUACUCGUCCCUUCACGUCUCCCCAGAGCCUGCCUUGCACUUUGGGGACACUGAAUAUCACGCUGAUGAAAGUGCUGGCUCCGUGGAGGUUUGCGUCCAGAGGACAGGCACGGACCUUUCCCAAGCGUCCUCUGUCACCGUGCGCUCCAAGAGAACAGAGCCAGCCUCAGCAGAAGCUGGAUUAGAUUAUAUUGGCGUCAGCCAAAAACUGAACUUCGCUCCAGGAGUGCGUGUUCAGAUGUUCCGAGUGACAAUCCUUGCUGACCUGGGACAGCCCAUCUUUGAGGGUUCAGAGCGGUUUGAAUUACUUCUUCAGAUGCCACUGGGUGCAGCACUUGGUGAACCCAAUAAAACCACCAUUUUCAUCAAUGACGCCAUCGCUGACUGUAAGCAGAGUGCUUGUCCUCCUUUUGGUUGA